AUGGAGGGUUACUUAGAGGCUUUGCAAAUGCAGGAGGAGAGCCAAAAACCUCAACGCUUACCUCUCCUGCUGUAUCCCUUCAGCAGCGCUCAACCGUGGGGAGGAGCCCAUUUUCACCACUGCGUUCGGAAGGAUGGCAUCCCUGGCGCUUUCUCUGGGCCGGCCUCUCUUCCUGCUGGUGUGGCAAAAGUUGCUCUGGUUCCAGCUCAGGUUUUGGUGACCUUUCAGGACGUAGCGAUCCACUUCAGUGAGGAAGAAUGGGCCCUUUUGGAUCCGGACCAAAGAGCUCUCUAUAUAGAUGUCAUGGUAGAGAACAACAUCAACUGGGCCUCUCUGGGAGGAUAUUUAUUUCCCAAGAUGGCCCUCAUUUCCAGGCCUAAAGGCAACAAUAAUAUCUAUGUACAGGACUCCAAGGACAUGGAGAGCAUUUCAGAGGAAGCUUGGAGCCGGGAUUGUCUCUCCCCAACUUCUUUGUGCGAUAAAAGAAUGUUUGGUGAGGCUGAAGAUCUACUCCUGCCUUCUGAGCACCCGGGAACACAAGAGAAAUCUUUGGGAAGAGUAGAGCAGAAAGAUGAGGCCUCUGGAGGCCUCCUCAUUGGGGAAAGAGAAGAGGUGUGGACCAAUUCCGGGAGGACCUACCGCUGGAAGUCGUUCCUCGUCCCACGGGAAACGAAACCUCCCAGGGAGAAGCUACACAGGUGCCCGGUUUGCUGGAAGUGUUACAGCACGAGGCCCAUCCUGGCACGGCACCAGAGGACCCACACGGGCGAGAGGCCGUACCAGUGCUCUGAGUGCGAGAGGCGCUUCAGCCAACGCGUCGACCUGAAGAACCACCAGAGGAUCCACACGGGCGAGAAGCCGUACGUGUGCCCGGAGUGCGGGAAGAGCUUCAAGCACCACUCCAGCUUGACGGCCCACGAGAAGAUCCACACGGGCAACAAGUCCUAUGCCUGCCUGGAGUGCCGGAGCAGCUUCAGCAACAGGUCGAGUUUCUCCAAGCAUCAGAUGACCCACUUGGCGGAGAAGGCAGGGCCUCCUCCGGGAGUAGGGAAAGUUUCCGGGAGUGGCGGAACCUUACAGGACAUCAGAGAAUACAUAUGAGAGGGAUGAGCUGGUCACCUCUGCCGUGAACUUAGGGCAUUCCUGUCUUAUGGGGGCAAGGGGAAGCUGUCGCCCUCAAUGUAUUAUUGGACUCCAGCUCCCUUGACUAUUGGCUGUGCCCC